CACCAAACGGGCCAGCUGACUCCAUAGACAUUGCCGUAUCCAAUAACCAUCUCCCAGUUUCUGUCUCUUUCUUAUUCACUGAUCUGCUCUGUAAUAAAAUUCAACCGUUUAUUCCCUUGUUUCAUUUCGUCAAACGCAGGAGAAGAACCCUGUUUUGAGCUUGGUGAUCGGCUUCAGGGAUUCGUUUCUGUCAAUUUUCUUCAUAACAAGUUAAAGGUUCUACUUUACACUUACGUUUUCACUCGGAAUUUUAUUGGAGAGUAAAGAUAAGAGAGAUAUGGCAAAUCAAGGUGCCAAGAAGCGCAAGGAAGAGAAUGCUCGUCAUAUGGAAAAGCUCCGUCGCCUCAUCAUCGCUUGCAAUGUGAUAUAUAUUGUGGUGAGGAUGCUGAUAUACCAUUCUUCAUUCACAUGGAAACACUGGAUGGGCUUAGUGUUGACAAGUGUGGCGUAUGCACUUCCAUAUCAACAGCUUGCUUCAAUGGCCAAACCUUCUUAUGCUGAAGACGGGGAUCUUCUUGAUGGUGGAUUUGAUAUGAGCACUGGUGGAAUUUGUGGCUAUUUGCAUGACAUAAUCUAUAUUACAAGCUUUGUGCAAAUCAUGUCUAUCCUCUCUGGCAAAUUUUGGUACACAUAUCUAGUGAUACCCGCUUUUGGAGCAUACCAAUCCUUUGGUUUCAUCAGAGGAUUUUUGCCGCAAGGUUCAGAGGGAGACACGGAGGACGAGAAGACUCGCAAAAAGAGGGAAAAGAUGGAGAGGAAGGCUUCUCGAGGCAAGUUUGUUAAGACUAGAACCAGAUAGUCAGUCUAACAACUUAAACGAACUCUCUUGUCGACAGGCGUUGCUCUUAACCAUUACACUGUUAUUCAUCAGAAGUGUUGAACAGCCUAUUGCAAGAUGUGGAAGCAAAAGACUGUCAUGGAUAAACUAGAACUUUGCUUUGCCAAUUAAAAGAAAAACUGAGAAAUUUUGAUGUAAUCUUUUGUUAGCAGUUUUUAGAUCGUGUCAAAAGUUGAUACUUCUUGUACACAAUUUUCUGGCACCAACA